AUGAGGCACUUCAAGUUUGUAGCUAUUGGUAUCAACCUGACAGAUCCUAUGUUCAGAGGAAUUUAUAAGGGGAUACAGAAGCAUCAAGAUGACUUACAGGAUGUAAUAAAGAGAGCUAUCCAGAUUGGUGUUAAAAAGUUUAUGAUUACAGGUGGAAGUCUACAAGACAGUAAAGAUGUGCUGAAGUUGGCACAAACAAAUGAUAUGUUUUUCAGUACAGCUGGGUGUCAUCCCACAAGGUGUGAUGAAUUUGAAAAGAAUGACCCUGACCAUUACUUAAUGGAGUUGCUAAAUCUUGCUGAGAACAAGGGGAAGGUUGUAGCGACAGAGUGUGGACUUGAUUUUGACCGACUUCAGUUUUGUCCCAAAGAUACUCAGUUCAAAUAUUUUGAAAAGCAAUUUGAACUGUCAGAACAAACAAAAUUAGCAAUGUUUCUUCACUGUCGAAACUCACACGAUGAAUUUUGGGACAUAAUGAAAAGAAACAGAGGUCGGUGUGUGGGUGGAGUGGUGCGUUCAUUUGAUGGAACCAAGGAAGCAGCGGCUGCUCUGAUGGACUUGGACCUUUAUAUCGGAUUUAAUGGCUGUUCGCUGAAAACUGAAGCUAAUUUGGAAGUUCUGAAGUCAAUACCUAGUGAAAAAUUAAUGGAGACAGAUGCUUCUUGGUGUGGAGUUGAAAGUACACAUGAGGGAUCAAAAUACAUGAAACCUUCAUUUCCCUUGGCCGGGCCUGGGACUACAGGAAGACCCUGUCUCAAAAACCCCAAAAAAAAAAAAGAUAGAAAUGAACCCUGCCAUAUAAUUCAAAUACUGGAGAUAAUGUCAGCAAUAAGAGAAGAAGAACCACUGGAAUUGGCCAACAUGCUAUAUAACAACACCAUCAAAAUAUUUUUUCCUGAUAUUUAAUUUUCCUGUGUUUUCCA